CACCGCCUCCCUCUCAUGACGUUGCGUUCAACUUUUUGUAUUUCACCUGCGGUUAGGGUGAGAAACGGAUUUUCAUAUGUGCCGGAUUUUCCACGAUUCUUACACACAAGCGUUACACAUUUGUAGACUCCAGCUGCUCAUUUGAAGCUCACCAGCGGUAUCGACAAGCCCGGACAGCUGAGUUACUUUAUAAGGAUGGAUUCGGCUCGUUUUCUGUUGCUGGCUUUCCUCAACGCCGGGGUACUUCUCCAAGUGUGGGCUACAAGUGACGUGACUGCCUUAUAUGGAGAGCUCAUUACUAUACCAUGCAACGGUAAUACACCGCCACCAGAGGAUCUGAUGUUCAUCAAGUGGAAAUAUGAAAAAGAAGAUGGCACUCCUGGUGAUCUCUUGAUCAAACAGGCCCGCAGUGACCAGCCCACGAUACAGGCCAUAGAUGGUUACGCCCAGCGGGUCAGCAUUGAUGAGACGUUCAACCUGCUCAUCACUCAGGCAUCUCUCAAAGAUCAAAAGACAUUCACCUGCAUGGUGGUGUCAGAGAGCAACCUCAUGGAGUACCCCGUCUCUGUCGUUGUUUACAAGAAACCAACACAAGUUGAGAUUAUAGACAAGUCUGAAGUAUUGCUGAAGGACACACCAGUAACGCUGGGAACAUGUAUUGCAGCAGAUGCCAACCCUGCAGCUACAAUCACAUGGAAGAAGAAUGGAAAGCCUUUGGUGGCUGAUGGAAAAGCUGUGCUGAUUACACCCAGCAUGAAGCUUGAUCCAGCUACAGGCCUGUCCACCACCUCCUCCACCCUACAGUAUGCAGCCUCCAAGGAGGACGUUGAUGCAAUUUUUGCUUGUGUCGCCACACAUGAGCUGACCAAUGAAGAGACUGAACUAAAACCGUUUCCCAUACAUUAUCCAUCGGAGAAGAUCAGCCUCCAAAUUAUGUCCAAGGGGCUCAUAGUAGAAGGAGAUAAUGUCACGUUGAAGUGUCAUGCUGAUGGCAACCCUCCACCCAAAUCCUUCUUCUUCCACAUCAAGGACCAAAAAACACUGGUGGAAAAUUCAGACACCUACACUCUGAAUGCCAUCACAAGAAAGGCUACGGGUGAAUACAAAUGCUCCUUGGCUGACAACGAGAAAAUGGAGGACUCCCAAGACAUUGUCGUUAGCUACCUAGACCUGAAUCUGAGUCUCACUGGGAAGGUUGUGAAGACAGUUGGGGAUACCUUGCCUCUAAAUUUGGAGACGAUGGCAUCAGGCGAUGUUAAAGUGUCAUGGACAAAGAAUGGACAGACAGCAGAAGAGCCAGAGUUCACCAACCUGACCUAUGCAGAUGCAGGAGUCUAUGUAUGUGAGGCUUCCACGACUGGCCUCACAAAAAGUCAGAGCUUUGAACUGGUUGUGGAAGGAAAGCCUGUGAUCACCAGCUUAACCAAGCUCCGUGUUGAUGGUGCAAAACACAAAGUUCUGACCUGUGAGGCAGAUGGAGUGCCAGAACCCAGCUUCCAGUGGAGUGUCAAUAGCACAAACGAGAAGAGCUCUUACGUGAAUGGCAAGGCCACCCAUAAAAUCACUGUAAUUCCCAAGGUGAAUUUGACUGUCACCUGCAUCGUCACCAACAAGUUGGGAGAAGAUACCAUGACAAUCAAUGUUUCCUCUGUUUUUACGGAGGAAAAUGACAGAAAAGACCCUCUGGAGGAUUCAGAGGACCAGGCAAAGCUCAUUGUGGGCGUGGUGAUGGGGCUUCUCAUAGCUGCAGCUGUGGUGGGAAUCAUCUACUGGCUGUACAUGAAGAAUUCAAGGCAAGGAAGCUGGAAAACCGGGGAGAAGGAGAUUGGAACGCUUGAGGAAAGCAAAAAACUUGAGGAGAACAAUCACGCUGUUUAAAAGCACUCAGGUCGUACUACAUGGAAUGAAAAAGCUGUUAAAAGCAGCCUUGCAACAUUAAAAACACGGACUUCCAGUUGACUGCUGAUUUGCUCCAUCAGGCUCCACAUAAGCCUCAACAAUCAGAGUAAUUUUCCACCAGGUCCUGCCCACAGCCUGCUGUCCCACCUCACUGUAUGAUCUGCACUGAGGUUUCCUCCUGUUACUCUGUCAUUUACCUUUUUGUGUUCCUGGUGAAUGCUUCCUAUUAUGUUUUGUUUGAGUGAUUAUGUGAGACUGUAUGGUGGGUUUUUGCCACUAAUUUUUUUUUUUUUUUUUUUUCAUUUUAUUUGUUCUUGAAUUUCUUCAAAGAAUGUAAAAUUCUUGUACACUUACUAAGGUCUGUAUGAAAAAAUUCCCAACUAUGCAUCAGUCUUGCCUGAGUAUGCCGACAUUCAUUUUUAUUUUACGCUGUAUGUGGAAAAGCCUUCGGCUGUGCUCAAAAAAACAAAAGACACAUUACUGCUAUAACCCUGCUGAAGCUGUCCUAAACCCUGACCCUAACAUAUAACACAAUAUUUUUUUAAUACAUGGACAACACUGGAUUGUCUGAAUAUCUAAUUAAUGGAUGGCCACAACAGUAGAGCCAUAGUUUGAUGAUAUUGAAUAAGGAACUGGGUGUACUGUGAAUAAUUUCUAUACAUACAGUUUAUUGUAACUAUGACCCCCAAAAAACAGACAGAGUAUAAAUUGCAAUUGUGUGAAUAUGAAUUGGACAUCAGAAAAUAUAGCAUUCUGACAUACUCAGCCGCUGUUUAGGUGUUUUCAUAAUUAGUAACCUUUUUAUUUGUUUCAAUAGGGAUUUUGAAUUCCUUUAUGCUGUAAAUUUUAACCGAAAAGGCAAAAAGAACUGGAAUGGCAAAAGGUCAACGAUUAAGUUCGACAACUUGUACGAAAUGAAAAUGUGUGUUCUGACAAAGAUUGAUGCCAAAGUUAGUUUUUUCACUUUUGCUUUAGUUUAAUACACUACAUUAUUGCCUUCGCCUGUCUGCUGUACAUUUCCUUUAUCAUCUUCUCCAUGUGGAAGAUCUUUUUUGAGUAGAUUUAAUAUUUUCUGUUUUGAUUUUAAAAUAGCUUUGGAGAUGCCAGGUCCGAAUUUUGUUUUUUGUGUUUUUGAUGUAUUUAUAUUCUAUGUGCAACAUACCUGGAUGCCGAUACUGCAACAAGCUAGAUAGUUCUGUUUUUUAAAUCUGUGUGGAAGUCAUCAAGUGUUGAAAAUGUACUGUCUGGUAGGAGAGUUAUAUUGGAUAACCUAAUCUGCACUCACCUUCUGCUGUGUCAUCAUUAUUAUUAUUAUUAUUAUUAUUACAUUAAUUUUAUUUCAGUGGUGUGAAGAAUAAUCCAAAAUGAAGACAAUGGUUGAGAUUGUCAGAUUAGAUGAGGUGCAUGAAAAUGGUGGUUCUCUGGAAUUGUAUUUCCUUGCUCGGGCUCAUCUCACAAUGCAACACCCCAGUGACUCACCAAAGAGAAAGUAAAAAUGAGACAGUUUGAGAGGAAUCAUAAACUUGUUAACAUUUAUUAUUCAGUUAAUAGUGUGCUUUGCACACGGUUGUUCAGUUCUCAACAUGUAAAAAAUACAUGUUUUUGACUCAUGUUCUGAUAAAUAACUUGAUUGAAGAAGCAUCAACCUUUGACCUCAGCUUAAAAUCUGUUUGUGCAUCCGAGAAUAAAUAGAUUCAAUUGGCAAAAGCCACUUUGUGGUAUUAUAUGUGGAACUGAAUUGGUGGACUGCAAUGAUUUUCAUCAACUGGAAUCAUGAAUUUGAUUAAUAUGUCAACAAGAAAACAGCUGUUAAGAGCUCUGGUUGAUUAUAAAAUACUAAAUGUUAAUUUGAAGGAACCACUUGACCUCCCUUGGAUGCCAGUUUUCCAAACUGCAGCAAAGAGACAUUCCAUUCUCUUUGUUUUCUUAAAAUAGAGUGUAAUAGUUACCAAUGUAGUGCACUUCUCCUCCCAGCAUCUUCAACCAUAUGUGGGGAUGGUUGAGAAACUACAUUACAUGAAAGUAGUGGGUCAACGUGUAAUGCACCUAGACCUUGUUUUUUCAUGCCUUUUUUUUCCUAAUCAGUUCCUAAUCAAUAAUCAGGUCAGCAGUGAAACCAAAGAAGGUAAAAUGAGAAGGCCAUAGUAGUGUUAGAAAUGCAGCCCUAUGUUUUUUGUACUGAUGUUGACAAUAAAGUGUACAUUUUGGAAAAAAAU